AUGGAACCCGGAGGACAAAGGCGCGGAUGGGAGUGCUUGUGGAUUUCUCUGUGCUUCUCUUUGUGCUUUGGACAACAUGUUUCAGGUCAGAUAAGAUAUUCUGUUCCGGAGGAAUUGAAAGAAGGAUCUGUUGUAGGGCAUAUUGCUAAGGAUCUUGGCCUUGAUGUCAGCGCUUUAGUUAACCGGAGGUUUCGCAUCGUGUCUGGAUCAAAAGACGCUCUUUUUCAGGUAAAUCAAAACAAUGGCGUGUUAUAUGUCCACAAGAACAUCGACAGAGAGGAGCUCUGUGAUGGAAAUGGCGCAUGCUUGAUUAAUCUGAAAUUGGUUGUCGAAGAUCCCUUAGAAAUACAUUACGUCGUGGUGGAGAUAACCGAUGUUAAUGAUAAUUCACCCACAUUUACAGAAGAGGAGCAGCAUUUUGAGAUUGCAGAACACACACCCAUAGGGACACGCUUCCAAAUACAGGCAGCACGGGAUGCUGAUACGGCCGUGAAUAACGUCAGGUCGUAUAAACUGAGUCAGAAUGAGCAUUUUGAAGUGGAGACGAUGAAUAGAGAUGAAGAAAAAUUACCGAUUUUGGUUUUAAAGAAAGCACUUGAUCGUGAAAAAGCUGCAGAGCAUAGAUUAAUACUUACUGCAGUCGAUGGUGGAAACCCUCCACGGUCAGGAAAUCUUAAUGUUAUUGUUACUGUGCUUGAUGUGAAUGACAACCGACCUGCGUUCAGUCAAGACUCUUACUCUGUAACAGUGAAAGAAAAUGCUGCAAUCGGAACAGUAUUGCUAAAACUUAACGCAACCGACUUGGACGAGGGCUCAAAUGGAGUUGUUGAGUAUACAUUCGGAAGGAACCUAAAACGCACAGUGCAAAAUCUUUUUAUAUUGGAUAGUGCAACAGGAGAGAUUCAAAUUAAAGGUGAACUAGACUUUGAGGCUUCAGAGGUGUACAAGUUAGACGUACAGGCCUCUGAUAAAGGCCAGCCACCAUUAGCAGCGGAAUCCGUCGUUAUUAUUAAAAUUAUAGAUAUAAAUGAUAACGCACCUGAAAUAGACCUCACGUCGCUUUCUAGUAUAGUUUCUGAAGAUUCUAAACCAGGUACUCUAAUUUCGUUAAUCAGCAUCAGUGACAAAGACUCUGGUAUAAAUGGAAAGACAGUACCGAGUGUCUCUGAUAAUGCACCCUUUGAGCUGAAACCAUCAUUUCAAGAAAAUGUUUAUUCCCUUGUGACGAAGGGAAAACUAGAUCGAGAACUCAUGUCCCGUUAUGAUAUAACAAUAUCAGUCACUGAUUUAGGACAACCGCCUUUAUCCUCCUUUAAAUCACUAAGCGUGGAGGUGUCAGAUGUUAAUGAUAACUGUCCUGAAUUUUCUCAUGACCCGAUGGAAUUAUAUUUAAUGGAAAAUAACGCGCCUGGAGCCGCCAUACUAUCUGUGACCGCAUUCGAUAAAGAUUUAGAUAAAAACGCAAUGAUUAUAUACAAUAUUAUUAAAAGUGACUCCGCGCAAAAUGAUAUGGCAUCUUUCUUAAACAUUAACUCCGAGACAGGGGUUAUUUACGCCUUAAACCGUUUUGAUUUUGAAGCAGUUAAAAAGUUUCAGUUCCAAGUUGUGGCCACAGACUCUGGAAGUCCAUCUCUGAGCAGUAACGUGACAGUGAACGUGUUUAUUCUGGAUCAGAACGACAACGGUCCAGUGAUCUUAUAUCCAGUCAGCGCUAACGGUUCUGCUGAGGGUGUGGAAGAGAUUCCCCGUAAUGUGAACGCAGGUCAUUUGGUGACUAAAGUCAGAGCCUAUGACGCAGAUAUAGGAUACAACGGCUGGUUAUUAUUCUCACUGCAGGAAGUUAGUGAGCACAGUCUCUUUGCUUUGGACCGCUAUACAGGACAGAUAAGGACCCUUCGCUCAUUCACAGAAACAGACGAGGCCCAGCAUAAACUGCUCAUACUGGUUAAAGACAAUGGGAACGUUUCACUCUCAGCAACAGCGACUGUGAUUGUCAAAGUUGUGGAGCCCAAAGAGGCUUUUGCAGCUCCUGAUGAUAAAAACACAGUAAAAGACGAGGAGGAAAACAACGUCACAUUUUAUUUGAUCAUCACUUUGGGCUCGGUUUCAGUGCUUUUCGUCAUCAGCAUCAUCGUGUUGAUUGUAAUGCAGUGCUCCAAAUCUACAGACUAUUCGUCCAAGUAUUUACAGGACGCAAAUUAUGACGGGACUCUGUGUCACAGCAUCCAGUACAGAUCUGGAGACAAACGCUACAUGUUAGUUGGACCCAGAAUGAGUAUCGGCUCUACUAUAGCACCAGGCAGUAAUAGAAAUACUCUAGUCAUACCAGAUCGCAGGAGGAGAGAUUCUGGAGAGGUAAGACUGCUGACUAAUUCUAACUACAAUCACGUUUUGCCGGAUCGUGUUGCAAACUGA